UUCCUUGCCCCGCCUGCCUGUGAGCAGUGUGGAUGUGUCCUGUGUGGGUGUCAGGGUAAAAGCUGGCAAGGCAGUCACGAGAUACAGACACGUCCCACAGUGAUGAUGUCACCAAAUACAAUAACAGUUACAGGAGAGGAUACUGGGACACCUGCCAGCAGCAGCGAGCUGCCAGUCAUCAUCAUCCGUAGGUGCUGCCAGCAGUGAGCAUGGGCCCCCGUGCCGUGUGAGCCGCAGACAGAGAAUGGGUUCCCAUCCGUGCUGCCCUCAGCCACUAGCAGCAGUCACCAGGCCGGCUCUAGCAGAGCACUGAGCUCUGGUUCCCCCCCAUGCACCGGGCUCCUGAGCUGCCUCUGCUUUCCCCACUGACUUUACACAGCUGUAGCGCUACCGCUGGCCAUGGGCCCCUGGCUGCCGCUCCCCUUGGUCGCCGCGUUAUUCUGCUGGUUGCCGCUGGCAGCUGCCCACCAGUCCUACCAACAGCCCGAGACCCCGGACUGGAGGAUGACGCUGAAGUCCAUUAGGAACGGGGUACACAAGAUUGACAUGUACCUGAACGCUGCCUUGGACCUGCUAGGAGGGGAAGAUGGGCUCUGCCAGUAUAAAUGCAGAGAUGGUUCAAAGCCAGUUCCACGUUAUGGCUACAAACCUGCACCACCUAAUGGCUGUGGAUCUCCUGUUUUUGGUUUUCAUUUUGAUGUUGGCAUUCCCUCCAUGACGAAGUGUUGCAAUCAGCAUGACCGCUGCUAUGACACAUGUGGUAAUAUGAAGAAUGACUGUGAUGAGCAGUUUCAGAGCUGCCUCUCCAAAAUGUGCAUGGGUGUACAGAAAACACUGGGCAUCUCAGAGAGUGUGAAAGCUUGUGAAUCAACAGUGGCACUCCUGUUUGAUGCAGUCAUACAUUUGGGAUGCAAACCCUACAUGGAAAGUCAAAGAGCUGCUUGCAUCUGUAUGUAUGAAGAGAAAGUGGACUUGUGAAACAGCACACCAUGGAAAUUUGUUGCAGUAAUCACAAAUAAAAGUGCAAAAUUGCUGAAUAUAUUUGAAUUGCUUUAUAUUUUAUGAAAUUCUUAAUGAAGGAAAUGUUUGCUUUUUCCAUACUUUGUGGAUAAUUUAGUACAAGAUAAAUAUUUUAUUUGUAUAUUUUUGUAUGUAUAAUGUAAUACUGUUUGUAAUAAAUUAUCCUAAUUGUGUCAAUAUUGGUUACUAAA